GAAAGAAAGCGUUGGGAAAACAAAAACAAUCUCUCAUUUGCUUCCUCCAUGAAUCUCCUCAAAACGAUUCAUCACCACUCCACUCUCACUCAAUUUCACCGUCUCACCACUACACGCUCCUCCUUCGCUUCCUCUUCCUCCUCUUCUCUACUUUCACUCUCUCCACAAAGACCCAGAAUCUCUCUCCUUUCCACCUCCAACCGAACCUCCUUCGCACUCUCGAGCAUCUCCACCACCAAAACUUCGUUUUCAGGUAACCAAGAGGAUGCGAAGAAGGAAGAAGAAGAUGAAUUGGUUUAUCAGAAGACGCUGAGACUGGUGGAAUGCGCCAUGUUCGCUGCCGUCACGGGGCUUGUUUACUUUCUCAGCAACUCUCUCGCUAUUGAGAACUACUUUGGGUGUUUCUUUGCGUUGCCAAUAGUGAUAUCUUCGAUAAGAUGGAACAUUUCUGGUGGUAGGAAGACAAUGGUUGCUACUGUCAUGUUGUUGUUCAUAUUAUCAGGUCCGGUCAAAGCAUUGACUUACUUUCUUAUGCAUGGCCUUCUGGGGCUUGCAAUUGGUUCCUUGUGGAGGAUGAAGGCAAGCUGGCGUCUCUCCAUUUUCUUGUGCACAAUGGUCCGAGCAUUGGGUCUCAUAGGAUAUGUUCUGACAUCAUCCUUCUUAAUAAGAGAAAAUAUUCUUGCUGUGAUCACAAUUAACAUCCAUGCUUCUCUCUCUUAUGUUUUCACCGCCAUGGGACUCAACCUAAUGCCUUCAAUGAGCCUCAUUUAUAUGAUAUUUGGAACAGUGCUGUUGCUAAACAGUGGCUUCUUUGUGUUGUUACUGCAUAUCCUCUACUCAAUCUUCCUCACAAGACUUGGGAUGAAAUCUUCCUUGAGGUUACCGGCUUGGUUAGACAAAGCAAUAUGAUGGUAUUCACAGGAUCUCUUCCUCUCCUUUUUCAGCUCCACACAGAAAUGAAAAACAGAGCUGGUGAUAGAUUUUUUAUGUAGAGCAAUUCUGGUGGUAGCAUAUUUGUAAAACUUAUGUAGGGCUGACAUACAAAUCCAAACCCAAAACAAAAAUUUGUUUAUAAUCUGAUCAGUACUGUGAUUUUCAUGUGAGACACACCAAGAAACCAAACAGAACUAGCCCUUGUCUUUGAGUAUGAAAACAUAGAGAAGAGCAAAAUGACUGAAUCAUAUUAAAUAUAAAACUACUCGAGAAUGUCUCAUCGUCCACGUAGAGAAACCCCAUGGAAGCUCUCACAAAACGCCUCCAGUGAGAAAAAUAACCAAUCCACAAUGGUUAUUUGAUGUUAUUGUUGCUUGUUAAUGUAACUCUUGAUCACUACAACCCCCACGCUGCAAAGAGCCAAGGUUAGCACGAGAGGGAGGCUACUAGAUUCCACAUUGGAUAAGAAGAAGCUUUUGCUUGAUCUGCCUCUGCUACUUCCUGUUCUUGCUAGGCGUGACCUUUCUCUUUCUCUCAUCAAGCUGCACAGAUUAUCCAACUGAUGCAUCACUUGACGCUGUCCACGUGAGAAGGUCGAUAUCUGCUUGCACCAGAAACAGCAACUCAGCGUUUCAAAGCAAUGUAAUACAAUACAAAUUUU